AAUUGUUUUUAAAUAUUAAAACUUUCAAUAAUUAGGUUUAAAUUGAGUGUUUUGGAUUUUAUUUAGUUGUUUACAUUUAAGAUUGAAUUUAAAUUUUGAUAUUAAGAUUGAAAGUUUGUGGAUAUUAUUUAGUUAAAUUUAAAAUGAAUUUUAAGGGUGCAUUUUGAUUUGAAUUGUGGAUAUUAUGAUUGAAUUUUAGUUGUACAUGCAUUUGAAUUGAAAUUUAAGAUUGAAUUUUAAUUGUGGAUAUUAUUUAGUUGAAUUUUAAUUGGGUACAUUUUAGGAUUUAGGUUUUGUUGAAUUUUAAUUGUAGUUUUUGAUGAAUUGGAAUAUGUUAUUAUAAUAGUUGGUUUUGUUGAAUUUUAAUUGUUUAUUACAUUUAGGAUUUGUUGAAUUAAAAGUUAUGAAAUGAAGUUUUGGGUUUGUGUAGGUUUAUGAGAUGGUUUGUGUAGGUUAUGAAAUGAAUUUAGGUUAUGAAAUGAAUUUAGGUGAUACAUGAAAUCAUGUUUUGGGUUUGCUACAAAAUUUUGGGUUUGUGAAUUUGUGAUGUGAAAUGAAUUGUACGUUAUGGGAACUUGUUAUUAGUUAUGGUAGGUUUAGUUGGAAGCUAUAAAGCCAUGGAUUUAAAAUGAUAUGAAUAUCCUAGUUUAUAUUCUAACCUUCGACAAAAUUUGGUCAUAUUAUUUUUUCUUUAGUGGUUGAAAAUGGAUCGAAGUUGGAUGUAUGGUAGUAAACGAUUUUCUACAAGGUUCUUACAAGGGAUUCAAGAGUUCAGUAAGGUUGCCUUGAAACAUCAAUCAGAACAUGAAUCAAGUUUAAUUCAAUGUCCUUGUUGUGAUUGCAAUAAUUCAAGGGGGUAUCGGGAUAUUGAUGAUAUUUUUGAUCACAUAAUUCGUCGCGGUUUUAAGAGUAACUACACGACGUGGACAUGGCAUGGUGAGAGCAUAGAUCAUGGGGCAAGCUCUAGUAUGCCGAGCUCGAGUCAGCAUAAUCAUUGUGAUAAUGGUGAUAAUGCAUGUCCAAAUGAUUGUGUGUUGUAUCGAAAGCAGUAUGCAAAUCUGCAUGAGUGUCCAAGAUGCGGAUCGUCCCGUUACAAGAUCGUGGAUAAUAAUUCAACAUCAACUAAGAAGAAACCUACUCCGGCUAAGGUGCUUUGGUAUCUUCCAAUUAUACCAAGAUUUAAGCGCCUUUUCUCAGAAGCGAAAACUGCAAAACUCUUGAGGUGGCAUGCCGAAGGGAGGAAGAAAGAUGGGUUAAUGAGGCAUCCUGCUGAUUCUCCACAAUGGAGGAACAUUGAUCGAAGGUACAAGGUCUUUAGUGAAGAAGUUCGGAAUCUUAGGCUUGGUCUUUGCACGGAUGGAAUGAACCCAUUUGGGACACUUAGUACCCAAUAUAGCACUUGGCCGGUUCUUCUCACCAUAUACAAUUUGCCGCCUUGGUUAUGCAUGAAGCGUAGAUACAUCAUGUUGUCUCUCUUGAUCUCUGGGCCUAAACAACCCGGAAAUGACAUAGAUGUGUAUCUAGAGCCACUCAUUGAAGAUUUGAAAUUGUUGUGGGAUGAAGGGGUGUUGAUGUUUGAUGCAUACACCAAAACCAAUUUCACUUUACGUGCCAUGAUUUUUUGUACGAUAAAUGACUUUCCAGCUUAUGGAAAUUUGUCAGGGUAUUCUGUAAAGGGAAAGAAGGCAUGUCCAGUUUGUCAUGAUGAUUUGGUCUCGAGGCGCCUAAAGUUUUGUGGGAAAGAUGUAUACAUGGAUUAUCGGAUGUAUCUUCCCGAAGAUCACCCCUUUCGAAAAGAGAAGAAAGCUUUUAAUGGAGAAGUGGAGAAGAGAGAAGCUCCUACUCCCUUAUGUGCGUGUGAGGUUUAUGAACGGGUUAAAGACAUUGAGACAGAGUUUGGUAAGCCUUAUAAAGGUCAGUCAAGUGGUGGUUACAAGAAGAGGUCUACGCUUUGGGAUCUCCCAUAUUGGAGACAUUUGGAAGUUAGGCAUUGUUUGGAUGUAAUGCAUAUUGAGAAGAAUGUUUGUGAUGCCAUUGUUGGGACAUUGUUGAAUAUGCAAGGGAAAACGAAGGAUGGGCCUAAAGUUAGAAAAGGUAUGGCUGCUAUGGGUCGCUCCGAGUUGGCACCUCAAGAGAGGGGAAAACGCUGGUACCUUCCCCCAGCUUGCUUCACCUUGUCUAAAAAGGAGAAAGUUAGCUUUUGUGAGUCUUUGCAUGGCUUAAAGGUCCCUGCUGGAUACUCUUCAAAUUUUCGUAGCCUUGUGUCCAUGUCUGACUUGAAAUUAGUUGGAAUGAAAUCUCAUGAUUGUCACGUGUUGAUGCAACAAUUGUUGCCGGUUGCAAUUCGAGGAAUAUUGCCGCCACCAGUGAGGUAUACCAUUACAAGAUUGUGUUUCUUUUUUAACACGAUUUGUAGCAAGGUGAUCAAUCCAACAAUACUGGAUGAUUUGCAGGCGGAUGUACUUGAGACCAUGUGUCGGUUUGAAAAGUAUUUUCCGCCAUCAUUCUUUGACAUGAUGCCUCAUUUGAUUAUUCAUCUUGUUCGUGAAAUUAAGCUUUGUGGGCCAGUUUGUAUGAGGUACAUGUAUCCCUUUGAACGAGAGAUGGGUACCUUGAAAGAUAGAGUGAUGAAUCCGGCCAAACCUGAAGCUAGUAUUGUCAAACGAACCGUUGCUGAGGAAGUUGCCGCAUGGGUUGCUCAAUAUUUGAAUAAUUUGAAAGAAAUUGGAGUACCAAAGUCUCGACAUGAAGGGAGACUUGGGGGUCAAGGUACAAUCGGCAGGAAAAGGAUAUCAAUCCGUUCAGAAAUGAUGAGUAAGAUUGAGUUGUUUGUGGUGCAAACUGUUAGUGAAGUCCAUCCAUAUGUGGAUGAGCACAUGGAGUUUCUUAGAGAGCAAUAUCCUUCAAAAAAUGGUCCUCAACUGAUAACAGAGCAUAAUCGUUCGUUCCUCACAUGGUUCAAGAGUCGAGUGAUGGAUCAAAUCACCGAAACGCCUGAGGUUGUAUCUGACACGUUGAGAUGGUUGGCAUAUGGUCCUAAAUGUCAAGUCAUCUCUUAUGAGGGGUACGACAUCAAUGGCUAUUCUUUUUACACUAAGAGACAAGAUGACAAAACGACGAUGCAAAAUAGUGGUGUUACGGCAAUGGGCUUGUCUUCGGAAUAUGCUAGUGCGAGAGAUAGAACACUUGUAGAUAAGAAGUAUUGUUACUAUGGAGUAAUUGAAGAAAUAUUAGAGUUGCAAUAUAAGGAAUUUAAGAUACCUCUAUUCCGGUGCAAGUGGGUUGAUAUUAGUCGCGGUGUCAAAAGUGAUGAACAUGGGUACUUGACACUUGUAAACUUUAGUCGAGUCGGGCAUCUUGAAGAUCCAUUCAUAUUAGCAUCACAGGCAAAACAAGUCUUUUAUGUUGUUGACCCUGCCGAUCGUAGUUGGUCAGUUGUUCUUGAAGGCAAAAGAAGAAUACUUGGGGUCGAGGAUGUAGAUGAUGAAGAAGAAUAUGAUGAACAGUUUAAUGAGACUCCACCUUCCUCGUGGCAUAUUCCUCAAACAAUUGAUGAUGUUAACAUGAGUCUUACUCGUCGAGAUCACGGUGAAGGAUUUUAUGUUGCAAAAGAGAAAGAGUGAGAGAGGAACCUACCUCCUGCCGGCUAUACUUGUUGAUAAACUCAGAGAAAGUCUUUGUUGCCUUUGGUACUAUACAUCCGGAAUUUACUCUUGGUCACCAUAACAACCUCGUUGCCGAUAACGUGAAGGUGAGCGUUGAUGAAUU